CUCUGGCCGUCAGUCCGCCAUGAACUGCCUGACGGUGCCCGGCGUCCACCCCGGCUCGCCCAGCCGGCCCCGCGGGCAGAUACAGGUGAUCUUCGGGCCGAUGUUCUCUGGGAAGAGCACGGAGCUCAUGCGGCGGGUGCGGCGGUUCCAGCUUGCCCAGUACCGAUGCCUGCUGGUGAAGUACGCCAAGGACACGCGCUACAGCUCCUCCGGGGUCUCCACACACGACAAGAGCACCAUGGAAGCUGUGCCCGCCGGGCUCCUCCAGGAUGUGUACCAGGAGGCGCUGGGCGCCGCCGUCAUCGGCAUCGACGAGGGCCAGUUCUUCCCAGAUAUUGUGGAGUUCUGCGAGACAAUGGCCAACACCGGGAAAACCGUCAUCGUUGCUGCUCUGGAUGGGACUUUCCAGAGAAAGGCCUUCGGGAGCAUCCUGAACCUCGUGCCGCUGGCGGAGAGCGUGGUGAAGCUGAAUGCCGUGUGCAUGGAGUGCUUCCGGGAGGCCUCCUACACCAAGAGGCUGGGAGCAGAGCGGGAGGUUGAAGUGAUUGGAGGAGCUGACAAGUACCACUCCGUGUGCCGAGCCUGCUACUUCCGCAAGCGGCCCCAGCAGCCUGGGCUGGAGAACAAGGAGAAUGUGCCCCUGGGGUUGAGGCAGCAAGAGGCAGCUGCCAUUCGGAAGAUCUUCACUUGACUGCUGGGAAAAUGGAGGGGAAGAGAACUCAGUGCCAGGGCUUAUGGGCUCAGGAUCUGCUUCCCCCUGCUUUUAGUGAACUGUUCAGUGCCUCAGCCCUCCCUGCCCAACCUCCACUGCCCCCCCACACUGAGCACCACAGCCAAGGAGGAUCCACCAGGCCUGAUGCUGGGGAGAGCUGAAGCGAGAGCCUGGUGAGAGUGAGUUCCAGUCUCAGAACACAGAGAGAGAUGGGUGUAGUUAGCGAUGUUGCCACACACAGGCCCUGGCUCAGUCCAUGGCGAGCUAGGCUGCAGGGCUCUGGUUGCUCGCCGUGGCUCUGGCCGGCUCUCCCGCUGCUCUGUGUGUGCUCAGGCUGGCACUGGUGCUGGUUCUGGUGCCUGUGAAUGCAGCUCUUCUCUCUUGUGCACUCUUGCUAAAUUCCAGGUUUCUCAAGACAAUGUACAGUCAUUGAGACUGUACAGCAUUUUGAACCCACUUCCUUUUUUAACAGUCUGAGGUAAUUUGUCCCUUGUCACAGAGCUGUGGCACAACUUUUAAACUGACACAUGCGACAGCCCAGCCCUGGGCAGGGCCUUGGCCUUUCCAUUUGCUGACACUCUCACUUUUAUUACUGUUUUGUCAAUUCUUGUUGAAACAGAAGAGGGGAAAGGAAGGCCCAACUCAGCCUGGCAGCAGGCUCUUCUGAGCCAUUGAACUUCAAAGGGCUGGCUGUGGUCUAGCAGGCUGUGACAGAGUCCUUUGGAAGAACUGGUCCCAGGAAGAGCCUCCUCGAAAUUUGGGGCAGUUUUUCUCAGGUUCAAGAUUGGUGCUGCCAUUUUGGUGCUGCAUUACCUGUGAGGGGUUUAGAGGCUCAGGGUUUCAUCUACCCAGAUUUCGGCAACUUGCUCCCUCCUGAGCCUUCUAAAAUUCUCGAGGCUGACUGUUCCUCUGCUCUAAGCUGACUGAAGGAUCCUCUUCCCCCUUUGCUUGGUUCAGCUUCUGGAAGGUUGUUGGCUUUGUUCCUUACUCCUUGCAAAAGUGCUUUUCCCUGGAAGAGAUCCACAGGCUCCAAGCAAUAGCUCUUGAUUCUGGCCAGGCCAGAUCUCCACGUGUGAGCGCAGGGUCACUGUUUGCCUGUGCCCUGGAAGGCUCCAAGAGCCACAUGAACUCCCCCUGUUCCUCCCAUGUUACCAGUGGGCACAACUGUACUCACAAGUACUCAAGUGCCAGGCCUGGGCUUUUAUCUUGGAGCUAGGGAAGUCACUGCUGCUGCUCUUUUAGGUUAAUAAAUAACUUAAUGAACCUC